AUGAAGUCGGAGAACCAUGGUGUGAUUGGGUCGGAGGCUGGGUCUUGUCUCUAUGUGGAAGGUCUGGUGAACGAUCGCAGGGACGGCGGCUUGGCUGCGCUGGAGAAAUCAUAA